GACAAUCUACCAGUAGUCCUGCCCUACCUGGUAAACGCCGUUUCCGCCUACGCAACCGGGUUAGUGGAGCUUUUGUGGCAACCUCAAGGCGUUAGCCUGGUCGUAGACCAGCUCUUUCAUGUGGAGACAGUUUUCCCCUUGGCAGACUUGCGCAGAGAGCGACAUCGAUAACAAGGCAAAUUUCACCUCUCUUUCACUUUCUACAGCGAAUGAUUUGCCCUAAUUCCACUUUCUGGGCAACCGUGUCGUGGGGGAGGGCCGCCUCCAGUUAAACAGCUGUCACGCCAAAAUUUUCGGCUUGUGCAGGCUCCACUCACCCCUGGCAUACCCUGGGAUAGUCAAAUUUCUAGAGCGGUGUCAAUGCUCCGAAACCGGUUGAUAUGUAUUGCCAGCAACCUCACGCGUUGGCUGUUGCCGUGCGUGUAGCAAAACAAUGAAGACACCUUCAACCUUUUCUUCAACUUGCUGUAAGGCGCUGCUGCGGCGCGCCUUGCCGUCGUCUUUCCAGCAGGAUAGCCAGAGUCUCAUUUUGCCCGACGAACUACUGGCAGUGUCAACACAAUCAUCUCAUGCAGAUCGCGUGUGGAACUACAGAACACAACGGAAGAAGAGGGACUUAGUACGCAGCGAGUCCGUUGCUCUGUCUUCAUAUUCACCGUCAGGCGCACGUUUUCUCUCGAUAUCACCGUCCGUGAAGCUGAAGCACACAUAUGCUGGUGCGGCGGGAAGCACCUCCAUCGAACGGCGCGGUGGAGGCACCUGCAUUGAUAGCCAUUCCUCUGUGUCUCUCAUUCCAGGGCAAAAAACAGAGUUUUCUCCCGGGGCGAUGGGUGCGCCCCCUGACGCGUCCACCCUUCCUCAUGGAGAAGCUGAGAUGCGAGACAUUUUCGUCCGUGGUAUGUCCACAAACGGCCAGAAUCCCUCCCCUUCUCCGGCGAUGACAACUGUAAAUGCCAACGAAGUUCGGCACUUCAACCAGCUCAGUGGCGAAUGGUGGGACCUUAACGGGUCUCUCGGUGCCCUGCAUGACUUUAAUCCCCAUCGCGUAGGUUUCAUUAAGAGCAGUCUGCAGAAACUUUGUUUUUUCCAGGCUAUUCUUCGCCGGCGUUCACUGCAGGGCCCUGGAACAACUGAAUCCGCCGGGAAACUUCCUGCGCGUGACAUUAAAAAUACGCGGACCCUUACUCAACAACGAGGCAAUUUAGCGCAAGGUACUGAGGGCGGAGGAGCGCAAUCCGAGAUGGAGGAACCGCAAGUUGGUGAUACACGAGGGGUUCUGGAUGGGGUCAGAAUUUUGGAUAUUGGAUGCGGCGGAGGUAUCUUGGCUGAGGCAAUGGCUCGAGACGGAGCGUUCGUUACGGGCCUCGAUGCCGCGACAGAAGCCAUCACAGCUGCUGAAGCAAGACGUUUGAACGGUCCAUACGCCCCGGUUGUAAGAGACAGACAACGGUUCAUUCACGGCUCGCUCGAGGACUUCUGCAGUGGCAAGAUUCAACAAACCCUUGAAGGACCCCAGAGCAGUUUCUUCCCGAACCAUCAGCAGAGCCUCUUCGACGUUGUCGUUUGCUCCGAGGUACUUGAGCAUGUGGAUGGAGGGUUGGAAGGCGUCGAGGCAGUUAUAGCAACUGCGGCACGGCAAGCCCUCGCUCCUGGAGGUCUGUUUGUUCUGUCAACUUUAAACAGAACGCCGGAGAAUUACCUCGUGUCUAUCGUUGCAGCGGAGCACCUCUGCGGUAUCGUUCCCAAGGGAACGCACGACUGGAAUAAAUUUCUGAAGCCUGACGAACUACGGGAGAUAGGCGAGAGACACGGCCUGCGACUGAUGGAGCAGCGUGGCUUCUUCUAUGUUCCGUUUCUUCGAACAUUUGUACGGGAGCCCUUUUGCAGGUUCUCUUUUGCAAUGGCAUUUGAGAAAAUCUGAGUGGAAUUAGGGACCCGUCUUGUCCCGCCUUCAGAGGGAAGUGACAUCCUGCGUGCUGCUGUAUGCUUGACGCGAAAAUGUGUCUCACCAAGGGCUUGUCACAAAGCACCGUUCCGCAGACUCACGAACUGAAGAACUUUUUCCAGAUUCUUGACGUCUGUGACAUAGCUAGUAUCAAUACACUGGAUGAGACACCCUGGCAGCUCUUGACACCUGCAUGAUGCUUUCCUCACAGGGAUUUAGUGCUGUAAAAGGUUGAAAUUGUGUUCCUGGGCAGGUUACUCAUGUACGACGAGCUCCGCAUUCACGGCAGACUCCUGUCCUGCGUAUCUGCCGGAGGCCACUGAUAAUCGAAGUUGCCUGCGUUCGCAACCGGGAAAACAGCCCAUGCUUGGGUUGGUGAGAGUUCGGAGAGUAUCACACAUCCCCCAAGGUUCACCAGCAUAGCUCUCACAAGUUGAAGGCUUAGGACUUUUAGUCAGACUUCCCAUCAGAGGAGUACUACUGAUUGGGCACCCUUUCCCGUACGGUUCCGUAAGACACCCUAGAUGGAAACCUGAUCAAGACUUUCCUGUCGCCUCUCCCACGAAGAAAUGUUAGAAGUUCAUGCGGUUGCAGGAAGACUUCCCUCACGUUGUCCUUCCACGCAACGGUGCUGACAAACAAGCAAAUAAACAUGUAGAGACCGCGCCACUGCACAAGCAGUCCUUGCACUUGCGGGAGUAUCAUU